AGUGCCUGCUCUCCGCCCACGGACGUGAUUACAGGUGAUCCGUUACUGCCAAGAGCGGCGCAUACGGAAGCCAAGUGUGUUUCUCGGUGCACAGAGAUCCCCAUUACGGGGAUAGGAAGGGCUUCUUUUUCUGGCUUUUGCGACCAGCACGGUUCUAAGUGAGAUUUCACCCGACGACGCCACACACAUCUCCCAUCCAGCGUCAUCUCGUGCCACACGAAAGCAUCUCUUCCGGACGCGUUCCUGCGUUGCGUGGUUAGACCGGUUGCCGGGCCAGGGGACAGAGCGGCAGACGGAACUUCUGCAGUGUGCACACCGGUGUGUAAGUGUGUGUGCGAUUGCGUGUGUGUGUGCGUGUCCAGUGCAGCUCCCGGCGCAUUGUGACUCUCCUACUGCUCUUGAUUGGGUUAGAGGCGGCAACUGGUUAGAAGCUUUGAGUGCAAAACAGCAGCCUACUACAACUACUACCAAUGUCAACCGUGUCAGAUCAGCGGAUGAAAGGAUCAGGAAAUCAUGGAAACGGCGAUUAUAAUUCUUGGAGUGCGCAAGUGAAUCACGGCCCGGGUGGUGUCGGACAUCAGAAAAAGUCGAACGAUGACUACUACCGUAAUCAUGGGGCUUACCACGAUAGUGUCAAGAAUGUUGAGCACGGUAUGCAAGGACUUGGGAUCGGUUCCAUGCACAGUAGCAACCAUUCGGCGGGCAGCAACUCCACAUCGAAACACUAUCAGCAACAGCAGCAGCAAAAGGAAGCUCCCAAAAAGAUGACCUGGGCCUCGAUCGCUUCGCAACCGGCAAAACCGCAAGUGAACACCAUCAGUACCACGGUGAAGAAGAAGGGCCCUGGCAUGCCACCACCACCAAUGAUACCCGGCAAGCACAAUAUGGACAUUGGCACCUGGGAUUCGCCGUCGAAGAAUGGUUCGGCCAUGGUCGCACCGACGCCGCCGCCAAUCAUUCCGCCGCCUGUGAUGGAACCAUCGCCGCUGGCCGAAUCGGCUCAACUGAAGUCGGGAGGAGGUGGUCCGGGAGGUGAUCGAUCGCAACUGCACCACCCAUCGCAUCACGAUUCGCACCGUCACAACACGGGACCGGCAGGAAUGCAAAGCUCCCGUUGGCCAACACUCGGGCAGGCACAGGUACAGCAACAACAACAGCAGCAGCAACAGCACCAGCAGCAGCAGCAACCCCAGCAGCAACAGCACCAGCCCCAGCAGCAGCAGCACCAGCACCAACAGCAUCAACAACUACCACAGCAAUCUAGUGGCGGCGAUCGAAACAAUGUUGGAGCGGGAUCUUCCGUUGGGAAUAACAGCAGCGCUGCAGGCGGACCGAUGUCCUCGCAGCAACAGCAGCAACAGGCACUAAACUCGCGAAGCAGCAACCACUCGUCGCAGUAUCCGGUACAUGCGCCACAGCAACACCCGUCGGGAUCCCACGGCUACAGCCAGUCGGUUCAUCCGCAGGGUCCAGCACAUCCUACCAACAGCCAUAGCCUGUCUCGAAACCAUAGCAACGCAGGAUACGGCGGACCUACGGGUGGAUCGGCGAUGGGUGAUCGCCACAUGGGCAUGGGUGGUGUUGGUAACACCAGUGGCUACCAGCAUCACGGUGGCCAGCAUCAACACCAUGGAGGUGGCGCAUCGUCGCAGCCACAACAGCGCCAGCACCUGGAUCAACCUAGUGUGGGUUCUUCGUACCAAUCGGGACGUCCAGCUGGUGGGCCCCCAAACCAUCAUCACGGUGGUCCCGGAGGUAACUAUCAAUCGCCUCCGGCAACAACCGAACGUGUCCGAUAUGGAUCCGACAGUGUGGACAACAGCAGCUCGACUAGCGCUGGUGCUGGUGGUAGUGGCGUAGGCCUUGCACCAUCCGCAUCCGCCAGCUCGUCCGGCCAUGCACGCUCGCCCUCGCCGUCGGCCGAUGCCGAGCUCGCCAACAAGCUGCUGCAGUCGCAGAUGAUACUCGAUCAGUUGAAAACCAAAAACAACUACAACCCUUCUACGUUGGACAUUCUGAAAACGGCCGACCUGGCCAGAUUCUUCGUUAUCAAAUCGUACUCGGAGGACGACAUUCACCGCAGUAUCAAGUACGAAAUCUGGUGCUCGACCGAGCACGGCAACCAGCGGCUGGAUCAGGCGUUCCGCGAGCGAGAAGAGAAGGACGGCAUGGUGUACCUGUUCUUCUCCGUCAACGGCUCCGGUCACUUCUGUGGCGUGGCGCAAAUGAUGACCGCCGUGGACUACAACUCCAACUCGAGCGUCUGGUCGCAGGACAAGUGGAAGGGCACGUUCAAGGUGCGGUGGAUCUACGUGAAGGAUGUGCCGAAUUCGCACCUGCGUCACAUUCGGCUCGAAAACAACGAGAACAAAUCGAUGACCAACUCGCGCGAUACGCAGGAGGUACCGAACGCCAAGGGAAUCCAGGCGCUGCAGGUGAUCCACAGCUUCGAGCACCAGUCGUCGAUAUUCGAUGACUUUCAGCACUACGAAAAGCGCCAACUGGAGGAGGACACGCGCAAACACGAAGCACCACCACCGUCGAACCACUCGUACCACAAUCGCCGCGAAAACCAGGGCCAGUACUAUGAUGGGCCAGGAAAGUAUCACGGCGCUGGCGGCAGUAGUGGCGGGUACGGCAAGUACAAUGAUCGCGGCGGAGGUGAUGACGGUUACGAUGGGUACGGUCGCGGCGGUGGAGGGUACCAUGGUGGCUCAGGCUAUAACAAGGGCGGCAGUAGCAGCUACGGCGGCUACAACAAUCGGAGCAACUACAGCCAUCACGACAAUAACGGUGGUGGCCGGGGUUAUCAGAGCUAUGACCGUCGGAACAACAACGGCAGCGGUGGAGGCGGCAGCAACAACAACGGAGAAGAUCAUCACGACAACGGAGCCGGGGGCAAUGGUGGCGGAGGCGGUGGAUAUCAUUCGCGCGGUGGCUACAACAACCGCCCGAGAGACUUUUACCGCGAGGAACGGCGGGGCCCGAAUGACUACGGGCGUCCGCGGCCCUCCAACAACGACUACGACGGAGGUCGCGACAGUGGCGAUGGUGGUGGUAUCUACAGAAGUGGCGGCGGUGGUGGCGAUCGUGAUCGUGGCUCUUCGAGAGAUCACUACAGGGAACCCCGUAACGAGCGCAGUGCGCCGGGCACAAAUAAUCAACAGCACCGUGGCAGCGGUUCCGGUGGUAGUGCCUCCAAUAUUUAUCGCAACCCAAACUAAAGUGCGACGCGUAAGUAAGCGGAGAUGGGCGAAAAUCGAUGCUGGCUACUGACCACCCUUCACCCCGAACCGUGUUCGAGUAAUCAUGAGACGGCGGUUUCGGUCGGUUCUGCACGUGGUGGUGGGACCACACCACACGUGGCCGCCCUCCGUUGGUCCACCUUCGCUUCUCCGCCAAACGCCGCUCGGUACGCUGUUGUGCGGAAUCGAACCACGUUUCCGAAGAUUAAGACGUAAGACUUGUAGCCGCCGCAAACGCCUUCGUGCAAGUAACAAAACCCCACACAACUUUUAACACACGAAACUCGUUACGGCCGUAACCUUUGACGAGAGCGAGAGAAAGAAAGAAAUAAAGAGAGAGAUAUCUGUAUAAUCAAAACUUGACAGUUGCACCGGCCGCGCAUCGAUUGCUGGGUUGCCACGGAAACGAAGAGAGAUCCCAUUACAAAUGUGCUGCCCACUAGAAUGUAACAGGAUUGAGUUUUUUUUUACAGUUACACCCAUCUCAUCAGUGCGCAAACCUGCUGAGACAAAAGUAGUUGCACAUUAUAAUGGUAACAAGUGAUCGCAAUAGUGUAUUGAACAUCUUGGAUUUAAAAGGAAAAAAAUAAGUAAAGAUUGAUGUACAGAAUCAAAUGAAAACAAGAUAACAAAAGUGAAUAAAAGUUACAUUUUAAUCAUAGUAAGCAUGUGCGGCAAGAAGUGGUGAAAAUCAGACAAAUGAGAGCGAUAAAGUGAAAGGGAGAGGGAGAGAGAGAAUGUGGUAAAGCUCUGGCCACCGGGAAAGAUGUGGCGUGAAUACAAAUGACUAAUGCGCUAAUGAAAACAAACAUCAAACAAUUAUAUUAUGAAAAGUAUAACGGAAAAAAUGUAACACACCCCCGAAAACUAUAUAAUACCCCAAAAUGAUAAGCAGAAAAAGAAUAAAAAAUACAGCAUAACAUACAUAUACAUAUAUACAUAUAAAUAAAUUAGAAUAUUCUGUUAAGUUAUAAAUUAAAUUAUCUAAGUUAAGCCCCCGGGUGUGUGUCACUGGGUUGCGCUGCCAUCGAGGGCGCGCCAUCAUCUUUCACACAAGGAGGUAACUAAACACAGAACAAGAAAAGAGAGAGAGAGAGACGCAACAAAGAAAUAUAGAAAACAAAGUUUGCUACAAAUGCAUUACGGUUAUGCACAUAAUUGAAUUCAAAUGGACUGAAACGUGUAUGGGGUGUUACACCACCACCGGCUACACACACUAGAAUAUGAUUUUAGGCGAAAAGUAACGUAAACUGAACAAACAACACAACACUAUAAACACCACGACGCGAGUGGAGUAGCCAUUGGGCGCCCACUUCCACUGCCCACUCUCUCGGUUAUUUGUUGCGUAGGCUUUUGUUUUACAACAAACAGCAGUCUCCGCCCGCACCGAACGUGUGUGUGUGUGUGUGUGUGUGUGUGUCAAAUAAACGCCACUAAAAGUAUGAGAAAAUCUCCCAAACUAUAGAAGGGCUGCUAUGUUGCCUGCAGAACACUCCUGGGGCGUGAAUGGAAAGAUGCAAAUGUGGGUUGUUUCUCCGAUUUUGUGACUUUAACUACAAUCGCGGUAGAAAAUCGAUCUUCACGAUUUAUGGUUUCGGGUAGUCGGGCGUUUUUCAACCCCAAUACGGCGUGUGGGGCUGAUAAUAAAACUAACAAAAAAAGAAAAACGAGAGCGAUGCAGUGAACGGACGCGGCUUUGAUCUUCACGUUAGCCAAUUAUUUAAGUUGCCUUUCGGUCGUCGCUCCCCAACACCCGCCACCGGCCGCCGCUGGUCGUGGGACGCGCGGCACCCGCACAGGCGAGUAGCUGAUUCAGAACGAACUGAAACACGAUAGACCUAAACGAUGCAACGCAAGAAAGACAGUUUAGCAAGCAACUUCUCUGUACGAACAUUUCCUAGCCAAACGCAUCACGAACUAUAAUGAACUGGAAAAUGGUGCUUGUGGCAAUGGCAAUUGGGGUAAAUUCGAAACUAAACACUCACAAGCAGAAGCACCCAGAGAAAGACCCGUUGACACGAGCUAGCUAAAUUGAAAUUACGGUCCAAAAGUUGUGCACCAAAAACUAUAUUCCAUUUAUCGCACUCAUCACGCAAGUUUCCGAAAAGUCUGUAUAGGAAAGGUAGAAAACCAUUGAAAUGUUUUUUCAAAUGACAUUUUUGUCUGCUAUGUUUGAGAACAUUGCCUGUUUAGUUUUCAUUAACGUAGAGAAAUGAGACAAACAGCACCAGAAUGCUUGGGUUGCGGCACCAUGCACACGGAAGUAACUUGUGGUUGCACCUUUGUUUUAAUUUUUAAAUCGCCACUUUGGAAACUCGAAUGUCCCCCUAGUACUGAACGACAGCAGUGCUAGUGAUUUUUUAAAUCCUAAUUAAAGUAAAUAAAACGACACUUGGCGUGUGAUCUCUUCUGGGCCGAUAGGGGCAGAAGAUUUGGCAGAGAACAAAACGAAAGAUGUGUAACCCACAAUAGAUCAAUCUCUUAUACGUGUUACAUCUAAACGAUAAUAAAGGAUAAAUAAAAGCACACUUUCUCACUGGCGGGGCACCAUCCAAGGCAUGAACUUUGAACAACUUUGAUCACGGGUGCAAGUAUUUGGGCGUUUCGAACGGAGCGAUUGGAGCGUAGUUUAACUGAAUCUUCAUUCACAAGUGGGCAACGGGGAGCGGAUAUUGUAGGAAACUAAAACCAGAUGAUAGAAAAAGGUCGCGUCGACGAUGACACGAACGUUGCGAACAAAUACAAUUAGUUACGGUAUGGCGAAAUGGACGACAACUGCAAGUGAGGGCUGCGGCGCAACGUUUGAGCCAUCGUCCACCGGCGACGCGCACGGAUCAAUAUGCAUUGGGAGAGAAAAUAUAUUAAAAGAAGUUAGUAUAAUUAACCCAUGCCAGUACUAAAACAACCAAACUGGCCGGAAACAAACAAUAUGCACAGUAGGCGCUGGUUUUGAACCGCGUUCGAUCGAUCGAUGGAAGGCAAAUUUGGAUAAGUUGGAUUUUCUCGACAAAAACAUAACACGUGUGCAUCGUGCAAGACGCGAAAUGGCGUCGUGUUUUAAGGACAGACGAUAUUUGGAGAGUGGAACGAUAAGCCUACAAAACCGCAUACAAGGGACGAAGAAAUACACACAGCAGGAAAGGUUUGAGUCGAAACGAUGGUGAUGCAACAAAUGGACUAGAAGCACAGCCAAUAGAAGCUGUGUAUUGUGCACAGGCACGCACAGGACUCUGUGCCCCAUCCGGUGUACAUACGAGGACGGAACGAAGGGAAAAAGACCAGAAGGAACUAUGGAACGACGGAAAAGCGGAUGUAGGAAUAGCGCGUUGCCGGACACGGUUAGCAGUAGCAGAAAAAACAGCGUGUGUGAGAACAAAGUAUACAGUAAAUGCAUAAAAAACAAGCAAAUCAAAGGAAUGGUCACACACACACAACAGCAAUGUAAGGAUGAAAAUGAACAAAACAUCGUAAUAAAUUGUAUUAAUAA